AUGCAGCACGAGUCCAAGCUAUCGGUUGUGAACUUCUCGCUGAGAAAAGCCGCGGGUUUCGCGGACGCGGUCGGGAACAAGGAGGAGCUGCUGUUUGUCACCGGCCUUAGGGGGUUUGUCGCGCGGCCGGUGCUGUCGGGUGACGACCACAGGGCCGACAAGCACAAGAUGGAGCGCUUCCUGCAUACAGGCCGCCAGAUGGUCGCCACCGUGUACGCCCCCAUCAGCUACGGCCCCCUGCCGCUGCUGGCCUUCAAGUGCACGCCCGGCCGCACGCCCAUGCUGGCGGCGGCCGGCGCGCUGCGCAGCGUUGACCCUGACCGCGUGGUGCUUAAGAAGAUCGUGCUGACUGGGUACCCUGCGAGGGUCCACAAAUCUAAGGCCGUGGUGCGGUUCAUGUUCCACAACCCCGACGACAUCCGCUGGUUCAAGCCCGUGGAGCUGUGGACCAAGUCCGGCCGCCGCGGCCGCAUCACCGAGCCGCUCGGCACGCACGGCGCGUUCAAGGCGCGCUUCGACGGGCCCGUGACGCAGCAGGACGCCGUGUGCCUGAGCCUCUACAAGCGCGCGUACCCCAAGUGGCCGCAGGACACGGCGGCGUUCGCGGAGGUGUGA